AUGACAAUUAUUCCUCCAUUAACAAUACCAACUAUUUUCCAACCUCUUAUCCAGGCGUGGGUGGCUUGGUUUACCACCACGUUCGUUUCAUUACCAAUUUCCACUUUUUUAGUUUGGUGGGAUGUUCCGAGAUGUAUGUUUGGUUUUUUGUUUAAGGAAAGGCCAAAGGUUAUACUAAUCACCGGUGCAGACACAAAUAUUGGCGAGAAAUUUGCUUUAGAAUACGCCCAAUUGGGCAAUACUUUGGGACUUUUGUCGAGUGAUAAAUACAAAUUAGACCGUCUUGCCAAUGAAUGCAAUAAAAGGGGUGCUCAAGCUUUGAGUUUGCAUUGUGAUAUUUCUAACUUAGAGUUAUUAAGAGAAACAGUUGAAGAAUUCAUCAAUGAACGUCCGAUAGAUUUACUAGUUGCUAAUAUCUCUCAAAACGACAUCAUUCAAGAUGGUGAAACUCGCUGGGAAGAUAUGUUUGAACAAGUAAUUGUUACAAACAUUAACGGGAUCAUUGGAGUUAUUAUGUCCACUUACAAGAGAAUGCAAGAUAAAGGCAAAGGCCAAAUCGCAAUCGUUAAUCCUACAGCUAGCCAUUUUUCAAUACCACAAAUGAUAUAUCACAAUAUGACAAAAUCAGCGCUUCUUUCUUUUUCACGUGAUUUUCGUUACUUGGCUAGAAGGCAUAAUAUUAAUGUGUCUAUAAUUUCACCGGGAUUAAUAGAUACUCCAAUAACCACCAAAGCAUUAUUGCCUAUUUCUAAUUUUCGAUUCUUUUUUGCAUCCUCAAAUAGCCUUGCUUUUAUUACAAAAAUACAACUCCAACAGGGUAAUUUUGAAAUCACUUGGCCUUUCCUGGAAAUGUUACCUGCUUACGCUUAUCAAACACUUCCACCAAGAAUUCUUAAUACAAUUACUGAUUUCGUUGGUGUAAUCAGUGACUUUGUCGCUGGAAUCGAUGGUGCAUGGGUUUAA